AAAAUGACGAUGAAUUAUUUUGUUCACGUCUGUAUAUAUGUAUAUAAAUGUUUUGCACUGUUCUGAUACUGACCGAAUUACAACAUUUUAAUACAGGAUUUAACCUCCUCUACAUAUUUUACGUUCAUGUUUCCUUAUUCAUUCAUGUGAAAAAAACCGUUCUACAUCACGUUGACUUACUUUUUUGAUUUAUUGACAUUAAUUCAUGUAUAUGCAUCGAUAACCUUGAAGAUGAAAUUACCAGCUCCCGUAUAUUUUCAGUGCGUAUACAUAUUUUCAUUAAAGCGGACAAUACAUGGACAAAUUACAUAGUCGUAUACUGAAAUAGUUAUAAUGAUUUUAAAGUCUUCUUUACAACGUAACCUACCUUUGGUCAUGUAAAUAUAUACUAUAAGUUAAAACAUUAUUAAGUAGUUAGCCAAGGGAGCGACACAAUCUGGCUGUUUAAGGCAAGUGCUUGCUGAAGAAAAGUUGAAAUUAGAAAAAAAUAUUAAUUUUUAAUAUUAAUUUUUGAUAUUAAGUUAACUGACUGUCUGCUUAAGGUCAGUGGCAGCUUAAUACAGAUGACCGCUAAGACAAGAUCAAGUGAUUCUUUCAAAUAUGGAAUACAAUCUAAUUCAUGAGUGACUGUGUCCUUGGAUUUAUUUCGUGGUAUUGCGACACAAAUACUUUGUCCUGUAUCAAUAAGAUUUUCAGUUGCUUUGUUCACUAUGGACAUAAGUACAAGAAGAAAUAAGGAUAAUUUACGGCUUGAAGAUGCAUUUACAGAUACCGAUGAAAUAACAACACAAGGAAUAUUGACACAUCUAGUAGUUACAGAAGACCAUAAUGAUUGUCAAAUCAGCUCAAGUAAAAUAGAAAUGGAUAAUAACACCGAUAGCUGUAGUAAAAUUAAUUCAGACGUUGCAAAUCCGUUAGAUACAGACCAACUGGAAGUUCGGCCAUUCAUCGUAACACAAAACGAGGAUAUUAUUGACGAACAAACACAACAAGCACUGGCUAUAAGUUCGCAAAUGACUGGCACAAAUGUUCAUGAAGAAAUAAGUGACGAUAUUAACGUAAAUAUACCAGAUGAAGACCACACUCUAGACAGCGAGGAACUGAGUGUAACAGAUCCAAUAAGUAUACACCCAUUAUCUGCUAUUACUGUAGCACUGCAGGAUAUUGCGAACGAAACACAUCACGUGACCAGAAUACAUGAGGAGCAGAACCAAACAACCGAAUAUGUAAACAAGAACUAUUUUGAUCCGCCCCCAGAUUACGAAGAAUGCAUUAUUAUGGAAUAUUACAGCAAUAAUGGUCUUGUAUGUCGUGGUUGUCAGACCACACCAAACGCUUGUUUUUGUAGUUGUCAUGGCGAAGUUGCAAGGGGAAAUACUUUGACGGUACGUGGAGUAGACGAAUCGGCACGAAAUAUCGGCAAUGCAAGCGAAAAUGUUCAGAGGCUAAAAAAGGACAUGAAAAUCAAGUGCUUGACUUGGUGCCUCAUAUUAAGUCUGGUCGUUGCUGGGAUUGUAUUUGGAAUUGUAGCAGCAGUUAUAUAUGGUUGAUUCGAAAAAAAAAAAGACAAAUAACCUUUGUGUUCACAUUUAAUACACAUGUUGUACUAGGUACAUUUUGACUGAUUUGAAAAAAAAGACAAAU